AUGAGGCCCACACUCUUCCAAAAAGAUAAGUCAGCCCUAUACGACUUCUCAUCUGGGUCCUACAGGACUCAGGAAUCUUCCCGCUUGCCCCUGCCCAUACCCAACACUGAUGCCAGGUUUAAUGAAUCUUGGAUCCACAGCAGGCGCUGGCAGCAGUCCACCCAACUACAGUGGCUACGUCAGCUGGGGAUGGUGACACGGGCAGCCCCAGACAGCAACAAAACUGGCUGGCUGACAAGCAACCCAAACCUUCAGGAGGUGCUGGUACAAGACCUAUCAACUACAGCAGCCACGUCAGCAGGGGACAGUGCGACGGGCAGCCCCGACAGCGAUGAAACUGGCUGGCAGAAGAGCAACCCAGUGGGUACACAGACACAGGCCAAAUCAGACCAGGGAAGGAGACUCUUCUCAGCACUGCAAACUGGUGCCCACAUUCUCAAAGAAAGGUGGUGCUGGUACCAGACCUACGCAAUGCAGCGGCCACCUCAGCUGUGGAUAGUGAGACGGGCAGCCCCAGACAGCAACAAAACUGGCUGGCUGACGAGGAACCCAGUGAGCAGAGCUAUGCUUGGGAGUGCAGUAAAGGGUAACGAAGGAUGCAGCUGCUCCUUUGUUGCUUCCCCUCUGCCUUGCAGGUGGGCAUUCAGGCACAGACGGAACCAGAAAAGGAAAGAUGACCGUUCUCAGCACUGCAAAGUGGUGACCACACUGAAAGACAGGUCAGCCCUAGAGAACGAGAAAACUGGCUGUGUGACGAGCAACCGUGUGUGCAGAGCCAUGCUGGGGUGGGCAGGGGAGGGCUACAGGGUAUGUGGAUGCUUCUUUCUAUCUUCCCCUCUUACUUGCAGGCCACAUCCAGACACAUUUGUAUCCACAUCAGUAAGGAUGAUGGUUCUCAGUACUGUAAAUUGUUGCCUACUCUGUUCAUGAAUGAUAAGUCAGCCCGAAAUUGUUUAUCAUCAUAGUCCUAAAGGUCUCAAAGCUCCCCAUCUUGCCCCUCCUCCUUCCCAGCAUUUAUGCCUGGUUCAAUGUAACCCAUACCCAUAGUUGGUGCUGGCACCAGGCCUACUGACUGCAGUGGCCACGUCAGCUGUGGUUGGUUACACAGGCAGCCCUAGGAAGCGACAGAACUGGCUGGCUGAGGAGCAACCCAGUGAGCAGGGCCAUGAUGGUAGGUCCUGGGAGGGCAGGCAGCUCAAAGUUGUCCACAGAGACAGGCAGCUGCACUCCAGUCAUCUUAUCUGAUUGCAAUUUUUUACAGCAUUUAAAACAAAAUAAA